AUGGCUUCUUCUUCAUCUUCCGAAAACAAGAUCGUGUUGACGAGCUCCGACGGUGAAUCUUUCGAGGUCGAAGAAGCAGUUGCUCGCGAGCUUCAGAUCGUAGCAAACAUGAUCGAUGACGAUUGCGCCCAUAAAGCAAUCCCUCUCGCAAACGUCACCGGUAACGUCCUCUCCAAAGUCGUCGAGUAUUGCAAGAAGCACGUCGAAGAAGGUGAUCCUCUNGUCGAAAAAGACGAGGAAGCGAAGACGAAGCUUAAGGAUUGGGACACUGAGUUUAUGAAGCAACAGGACAUGGAUCUGAUUNUUCAACUCGCUCUCGCUGCUAAUUACCUCAACAUCAAAGGGCUUCUCGAUCUCACUUGCCAGACUGUUGCCGAUCACAUCAAAGACAAACAACCUGAGGAAAUUCGCAAGAUUUUCAACAUCGAGAAUGAUUUCACACCCGAAGAAGAAGCAGCUAUCCGCAAAGAGAACGAAUGGUCUUUUCAAUGA